AUGUCGUCCCUUUUCCUUCCCGUCGCUCUUUCUUUCCUCGCCAAUUCUGUUGUUGCGGCGCCUGCUCCAGUGGUGACUGGCACCAAUUUACCUCCUAAUAUCGCCCAACAGGCAGGUGGUGGUCUGCCGAAUCAACCUGUCCAGCCCAAAGUCUCCGCGUCUGGAUUGAGCAAUUUCCAACUGGCUAACUUCCUGGAGAACCUGGAGUCAGCUUUCUUUCAAGAGGGACUGAUGAACUUUACGCAGUGGGGAACUGGAGGACAGACGAACGGCGUGAGCAAUAUGGUCGUCGUCUCUCACAUUGCUGCUCAAGAGGAGGUGCACGUUGCUUCUAUCGUGGGAUUGCUGAAAGCAAAUGGCGCCCAGGAUGUCGCGCCCUGCCAAUACGUCUUCCCUACCACGGACGAGACUAGCUUCAUGGCACUGGGCAACAUCAUCACCACUGUCGGUAUUGGCGCUUUGAUUGCCCUUGCAGAUGGACUUUCCGAAUCAGACCCCGACCUGGAAGCUACAGUCGCCUCGAUUCUUCCUGUGGAAUCUCGGCACGACGCCUUUUUCCGUCUCUUUGCGAAUGAGAUCCCGAAUCCCACCACCUUUGAGACGAAAAUUAGUGCACCAUGGGCCUACAACUUAGCUCUUGACUUCAUUGUUGGAAACUCAUGCCCUAACCUGCCUGCAUCUCUCGCUGCUCUACCAGUCUUCCCUGACUUGGGGAUUGUCGGCUAUGGUGGCCCAUCAUUUGCGAACCCGAAUGCUCCAGGGAAAUUGAUCUUCAAAGUCGGCCAACCCGAUUUGCUCCCUCAGGGCUGGAACUCGGGUCCACUCUACAUGGCGUGGGUCAACCAGAACAACGUUCCUGCAUACACUGCGGUGACCCAGCAGGGCGAUGAAUUACAUGCCGACGUGCAACCGGGAAUGUUUGGCAUUGCCUUCGCGGCGCUGACGAACCAAAACACGGCAACCAAUGUCGAUGACUUGACCAAGGCAACACUGGCGGGACCAUUGCCAAUCCCCCUUACUUAA